CCGCUCGCUGAUUAGAGAGUUUACAUGAGGGCGGAGCUACAAACUGCCCGGUGAUUCGCUGAGGCUACCCCUGCUGAUUUUAUUGGCCGUUGCUGAGCCGGAAGUGUUCGUUCCGAUAUUGUUAGUUCUCCGGGUGUCAUUCAUCAUGGCUGUCCCUGCUGGAAGGUCUGUGGUCUUCGUCACUGGAAACGCAAAAAAACUCGAAGAGGUCGUUCAGAUCCUGGGAGACAAGUUUCCAUACAAGCUAGUGUCGAAAAAGAUUGACCUGCCUGAAUACCAAGGAGAGCCAGAUGAGAUUUCCAUACAGAAGUGUAAGGAGGCUGCACGGCAGAUUGAUGGGCCCGUCAUAGUGGAGGACACCUGUCUGUGUUUCAAGGCUUUGGGAGGCCUGCCUGGUCCUUACAUAAAAUGGUUUCUGGACAAACUCAAGCCAGAAGGCUUGUACAAACUCCUAGCUGGGUUUGAAGAUAAAUCAGCGUGGGCUCUCUGUACUUUUGCUUUCUCUGCUGGGAAAGAUGAACCAGUCCAGCUCUUCAGAGGGAAAACAGAGGGACACAUUGUGGAACCCAGGGGACCUCGAGACUUUGGUUGGGAUCCAUGUUUCCAACCAGACGGAUAUGACAAAACCUAUGCUGAACUGCCCAAACAAGUGAAGAAUUCUAUCUCUCAUCGCUACCGGGCGCUUGCUGCCAUGUCUGAGCACUUCUCUCAAACCAACAAUACCUCCCCACAGAGCAAGAAGAAGAAGCAGUAGGAUUAAAGAGUCAGGUUCUAAAUCUGGAGCAAAAUGUAUCAAACCUCAAGUCAUCAGAAGAUACCUCUGCAUUAUGAAAUCUGAUGACUUGAGGUUUGAUACAUUUUGCUCCUUAUUGCACAUUGUUUUAUUGUUGUGUCAGAAAAGUUUUGCAGAUAACAGAUGAUCACAAUGUGUAUUUCUGCAAUGGAAAAUGUGCAGAAUUAUAUUGGUUUUACCUUAUUUUGAAUAAAUGUUUGUUCAUUUUU